AUGAUUAAAAAAAAUUUUUUUUUAAUUUUCUUUACUUUUAAAGCAUUAUUAAUUGGAGUACCAGAAGAAAGAACAUCAAUUUCUGGUUCUCUUUCACACUCACAAACACCAAUUUCUACCCAAAAUUCUCCGGCUACUAUUUUACUUUCUUCUUCACUUUCAAAUGAAAAAAAGCCGUUAAAUUUGGUUGUUUUUUGUGGAGUUACUUUAUCUUCUUUAUUGGAAUUGGUUAUCUAUGCACAAUGUGGAGUGCCUUCACUUGUUGUUCAAGAUAUAAGCGAAUUAUGUGUUGUUCUAAAAUCAGCCUUUUCUCUCUUUCAAAGUGCCGUUUUUGAACACAAUGCUUUUGAAUUUUGGUUGGAAAGAGAAUUACGUAUGGUAGCUUUGGCUACUGCUGGGCGUUAUGUGGAAAGUGAAAUUAUAGAAGCUAAGAAAUAUGUAUUACAACUUUUAUUAACUAUAUCUACAUCAGAACAUUCAUUACUUGCUUUUUUGCCUGCCAACAAUUUAGAUAAAAUUGGAGAGGAAGCCUUAGAUUUACUGAUAAGAAGUGCAGCAGAUGUAAAUGAGUGGGCUAGUCCUUUAGAAUUAUCGUGUAAAUUGGGAGUUUCCCGUCCUUUAAAUUUUAUUUGUUUGGAAGGACAUUUUACAGAAAAACAAUUUUCUUCUUUUCUUUUUGUUGUUUUAAAUUUACCUGAAAAGGAAAGAGUAAAUGUUUUGUCUUCUUUAUUAAAACAAAAUAUUCCUUUACCUGUUAAUUCUGAAUUUUUAAUUAAAUGGGCAGGCGAAGCUGAAGAAAAGCACUUCUUCAAUACUAUCGUUCUUGGCCAAUUACUCAGUUUACAAAAUUUGGAACAAUUGACUCAUAUUGAUGAGAAUAUUGCUUCUAAAUUUGAUAAUCUAUUGACAGAAUUAUCUGGUGGUCUUUGUAAUAAUGUUUUUCCAUCAGAAUUAUUUAAAAUUUCUCAACAAAAUAAUUUAUCAACAACAAAAUUCCAACAACAACAACAACAACAAUUAUUAAAAGAUACAGAAAUUCCUUUUAGAAUAUUUACUUUUUGGUCUUUAUUUUUACUUCAAACAGAAGAUGUUUUAAUUUUUUGUUCUUUUUCUAACGAGCCAAUAGCCCUUUCCUUAAUUUUAUCAAAAAUUUCAAAAGAAUUGGCUAAAAAAUGUAAUCAAUGGAUUUUAUAUAAAAAUAAAUUGAAAAAACUUUCUUUUAAAUUAAUUAAUUUUGCUGUUAAAUUAAUUGAAUGUGCUUAUUCUAAAAAUCAAAAUAAAGCUUAUAAUGCUUUAUGCAGACCUUUACCUUCAGUUUACAGAAGAUUGACGUUGAUACAAUUGGCUUUUGAAACAAAUGCCAAAGCUUUUAUUUCACACGAAUGUUGCCAACAAUGGAUUCAACAAUUACUUUAUGGCCAAAUACAAAUACAAACAAUUUCCAAUCGUUAUAUAAUUCCCGAUUGGAUUAAAAUUUUAUUAAGUUCUUUAUUUGUUUUUCCGUCAAUUUUUUGGAUUCGGCCAAUUAAUCAAGAAAGUACUUCACAAAAAUCAUCUUCGGCAAAUAAACUUUUAAUAAGCCCGACAGUUGCUUUAUUAGAAGAUGGCCGUCAUCAAAGAAAUGUUCGUUCCUCUUCUGCCAACAGUAUUCACUCAAUUAGAAGUGCUCAAUUUGGAGGAGUUAUUAGUGGAAGAGAAGGAGAAGAUCGAAGAUCUAGUCCUGGAGUGUUAAUUCCUGUUGAUACUGUAAAUAUGGGGACUGAAGGAAUUGAUGAGAACGAUCAAAUAAAUCAGAUUAGCACAAAUGACAACAGUACAGUAACUGACUCGUUUCUACCUUCAGCAUCACAACUACGUUCAAUAGAGAUUAGAAAGCCUCGAAAUGAAUUACCUUCUGCAGGACAACGUCAAAAGCCUGGUGAUGGUUUAGGAAGUCGACGACCUAGUCCAGAUAGACGUUCUCUCAUGUUUUGUGAUGGUGGUGGAAGUGGAAGCCUUUCUGAACGAAGUAGAAGACAAAGCCGUUCAAGUCGUUUAUUACUUGGUUCUAAUUCUGCUGGGGGAGCUGGAGGAAUUGAUGGGACUACUUCCAAUUUUCGAUUACUUUCUCCACAAAUUUCUUCCUUAUUUUUACCUUCAAUUAUUAAUACUCCAAAAACUUUAUUUUUAUUUUACUCAACACCAAUAGUUAAAUAUUGGUUAUCUUUAGUGUUUCGUUUAUUUUAUCUUGUUUUUCUUUGUUGGGCUGUUGCUCAGCCGGGAUGUUUUUUAUCUGGAUGGAUUGAACAAUUUAUUUGGCUGUGGGCUUUAUGUUGGGUUAUUGACUCUAUUUGGGUUUAUGUUUGUUGGUCUCAACAAAUAAAUUGGAAUGGCAAAAGAUUAAAUAUAUUAAUUGAUAUAAUCAUAACUUCAACAUUUCUUUUAUUACUUUUAAUUAUUCGUUUAUUAAUUACUUCAUCAAUUGGAAGAAAAAAUAAUUCUUCUUCUUUUUCAUCAUUAACUUAUGAAUUAAAAAUAUUUUGGUCAUUAUUUAUGUUAUUUGAAUUUAUUAAAAGUUUAUAUAUUUAUUUACCUUUAUUUAAAUUAUUUGGACAAUUAUUUAUUAAAAUUAAUUUAAUGUUUUGGAAAAUUUUGUUGCCGUUUUUGAUGUUUAGUUUAUUAUUUAUAAUUAUUUCUACAAUUGUUUUAAAAUCUGUUUUGUUUCCUGAUCUUAGUGCACAACCUUUUAUUAUGGGAGAAACUUUUGUUUGGACUUUUAAACAAUUUUUUACGACUGAUUUGAAUAUUUUUCAUCAAUCCAUUGAAUGCCAACGCCAAUUGCUUCCCGAAAAUAGACUUUAUUGCCAAGCCUUAGGUGGAUAUGCCAAUCCACGCUGUCCAUCCCAACAUUGGCUUGCUAAAUUUUCUUUGAUUGAAUUUUUUGUUCUUUUAAAUUUAUUUUGUUGGCCUUUACUUUUAGCAAUUCUAAUUAGUGCUUUAUUUAAAUUAGACAAAAAAGAAGUUGAAGAUAUUUGGAUAACUCAGAGAUAUUCUUUAAUAAUUGGUUUUAGUUUACGUCCAUGUUUGCCACCUCCAUUAACUCCUAUUUUCCUUGCUAUUCUAGCUUGUUGCAAAUUUGGUGCUUCUGGUAAUUUUUCUUGUUAUUCACAAAAUGGAUUAAAAAAUAAUAAUGAUUUGAAUACUUCACAAAAUUUUGGAAAAAGAAAAUACUGUACUGUUUACAAGAACCCUUCGGUACAAAGUUUUCGUUAUCGUUCAAGUGGUGGAUUUUGGCGUGAUUUAGCUAUAAAUUUAUGGAAUGAGUUAAAUAAAGAAAAUAAAACUGAGGAAAUUAAACAAAAAACAGAAAUAGACAAAACAAGUCUUUUACUCGAUUUUAGUGUUUUUACCCAACGAUUGGAAACAGAAAAGGAAUCAAGAUGGGAAUAUAUUAAAGAUACAUCAAAAUUAAAAGUCAACCCAUCUCUUCGUAAUUGGCUUCGACUUUUACCUCAUUACCGUCCAAACAGUUUUUCUUUACCAAUUGACCAACUUCCUAUAGACUUACAAAAACAUGCUCAGGAUGCUUCAGUUCAAAAUCUUUUGGAUAUUGGCUGUCAAUGGAGGCAGAAAAGACUUUUCCAAUUUUUGUCUUUAAUUGAUAAAGGAAAAUCUGAAAAUAUAUUAAAUGAUGGAAUUAUGUUAAAUGGAAAUGGUUUACCCUUAAAUCCAUCGGGACGUUGUGGUCUUGCUGGUUGUGGCAAUUUUCCACGUUUUGGGCCUAAUCGGUUGUUUCUAUACGCGCUUUUUCAACGUUGUGAUAUUAAUGAUUCUAUUGACAAUUCAAGUAACAAUUCAAGUUUUAGUGCCAAUUCAAAUGACAUUAACCUAAUUAAUGUACUCGUUCAAAUGCCUUCUGGUCGACUUCCAUCACGUUGGGCACUUUCUCCUGGUCCUCAAAUAGUUGACGAAUACCUUGCCCAGCUACUUCUACAACUUGGACUUCCCGAUCCAGAUAUACACACAAUUAGUUGUAAAACUAAUCUCUUGCCAGGCCAAAGAGAUGGACCUAUAGCUGUUAUUAGUGGAGAAAAUCUUUUAUCUGGAGGAGUAAUAUUAGAGAAUUUAUGGCCAGAAUGGCCUCAGGAUACAGAUAAUGCAUGGACUGAGAUAAGAAUUUUUUAUAAUAGUUGGGGAGAAUUGUUCGAUCAAAACUGA